UUUCCAGUUCAAAAUAGUAUACUCAACAGAUCUCUCCGUAUUUCUGCUAUAAAUUCUUCGAUUUCUCAUUCACUGGUUACUACUUUCGUCGAAAUCUCUGUAUUCUUGUUUCUCAAUCAUUGUUUAGGGCUUUCAUCUGCAAAACAAAGAGAAAUCAAGAUGUUUGGAUUAACUGUUGCUCGAUUUCUGAAGCAAAAUGGUCUCAAUCCUUCGAAGUUUUCGAGACUUGCGCAUUCCUUACCUUUUGCAACAGUGAAGGUCGAAGAAAUAUCGGGUUCACAACCUGCUGAAGUGUUGAAUUUGGUGCAGGGAAGCUGGACUAAAUCUUCGAACUGGAUCACCAUUCCCGAUCCUUUGAAUGGUGAAUCAUUUAUUAAAGUUUCUGAGGUUGAUGAGAAGGGGAUACAGGCUUUUGUGGAAAGCCUUAGCCGGUGUCCCAAACAUGGUCUGCACAAUCCAUUUAAAGCCCCGGAAAGGUACCUUAUGCUUGGGGAUGUUACGGCAAAAGCAGCUAACAAGCUUGGCCGGCCUGAGGUUUCCGAUUUCUUUGCCAAGUUGAUACAAAGGGUCAGUCCAAAGAGUUACCAACAGGCCCUUGGUGAAGUUACUGUCACUCAAAAAUUUCUUGAAAACUUUUGCGGUGAUCAGGUUCGUUUUCUAGCUAGGUCAUUCGGGGUGCCUGGAAAUCAUCUCGGCCAGCAAAGCCAUGGUUUCAGGUGGCCUUAUGGACCGGUCACAGUCAUUACUCCUUUCAAUUUUCCUUUGGAGAUUCCGGUCCUUCAACUAAUGGGUGCGCUUUAUAUGGGAAACAAACCUCUUCUCAAAGUUGAUACCAAGGUCUCCAUUGUUAUGGAACAAAUGCUACGUCUGCUUCACGAAUGUGGAUUGCCAGUAGAGGAUGUUGAUUUCAUAAAUUCUGAUGGGAAAACCAUGAACAAACUUCUCAUGGAGGCAAAACCACGAAUGACACUCUUCACUGGUAGUUCAAGAGUUGCCGAAAAAUUGGCUCUUGACCUGAAGGGUAGUAUCAAGUUGGAAGACGCUGGAUUUGACUGGAAAAUUCUAGGACCAGAUGUUCACGAGGAGGAUUACGUAGCGUGGGUGUGUGAUCAGGAUGCAUAUGCAUGCAGUGGUCAAAAAUGUUCGGCACAAUCAUUGCUGUUUAUGCACGAGAAUUGGAGCAAAAGUUCACUGUUACAGAAGUUAACUGAUCUUGCGGCCAGAAGGAAGUUGGAUGAUCUGACUAUAGGUCCAGUUCUUACAGUUACGACGGAAGCAAUGCUUGGUCACAUGAAUAAAUUGCUUGAGAUUAAAGGAUCGAAGCUCUUGUUUGGUGGCGAACCCUUACAAAACCACUCUAUUCCUUCGGUGUACGGGGCCAUAAAACCUACAGCUGUGUUUGUUCCUUUAGAGGAAAUACUGAAUGAAAAAAAUUAUGAACUAGUAACGAAAGAAAUUUUUGGCCCCUUCCAGGUUAUAACCGAAUACAAACAAGAUCAGCUUCCAUUAGUGCUGAAUGUCCUUGAGAAAAUGCAUGCCCAUUUAACCGCUGCUAUAGUUUCUAAUGAUCCGUUGUUCGUACAAGAGGUGGUCGGUAAUUCGGUGAAUGGAACUACUUACGUCGGAGUAAGAGCAAGAACAACGGGGGCCCCUCAAAAUCACUGGUUUGGCCCUUCGGGAGAUCCGAGAGGCGCCGGAAUUGGUACUCCGGAAGCCAUCAAGCUCGUCUGGUCGUGUCAUCGCGAAGUUAUAUAUGAUGUAGGUCCUGUUCCUCAUUGCUGGACAACUCCCAAAUCGACCUAAAUUAGUAUAUUUUGUAGAUAAAACGAGUUACUGAUUUUCUGAUGAUGAGACUUAAUUUAGUAGAGUUAAAUUACUACUUAAUUUUUAUGUUCUUA